AUGGCCGAUGUCAUGAUCCAGACUCCCCCAGUACUUCAAGGCCCAUCAGAGAAGGAGCGGAAAUAUGACCGCCAACUCCGACUUUGGGCUGCCUCGGGUCAGGCUGCUCUCGAGUCGGCCAAUAUUCUCCUCGUCAACUCCGGUGCUGGUACCGUCGGCGUUGAGACUCUCAAGAAUCUUGUCCUGCCUGGUAUUGGUCGGUUCACCAUUGCCGACCAGAAUAUCGUAACUCAUCAAGAUCUGGGUGUUAAUUUCUUCGUGGAUGAUAGCUGGCUGGGCAAGUCCAGAGCUGAAGCUUGCACCAACUUUCUCUUGGAACUUAAUCCUGAAGUACAGGGUGAAUGGUAUCCUAAAACCCAGGAUGAAUCUUUCCACCUAGAUCACUUUCUCAGUAGCUCGCCUACAUUCACCAUGAUCCUAUAUGCACUUCCUUUGCCUCAAGAUCUGGUUCAGCUAAUUCAGGACUAUUCUCUCCAAUAUAAAAUUCCUACAAUUGCAGUUCAUUCUGUGGGAUACUACUCCUACUUCAAGACCACAAUACCCGGCACAUUUCCUAUCGUUGACACCCAUCCCGACGAGACCGCCACGACAGAUCUGCGGCUUCUAGCCCCUUGGCCCGAACUCCUUGAGUUUUCCCAGAGCAUGACUGAAAACAUUGACAACCUCGACAGUCAUGAGCAUGGUCACUUGCCUAUGGUCGUCAUUCUCCUUCAUCAUCUAGAACAGUGGAAACAAGCUCACGGCGGCGCUUACCCUACCAGCUACGUCGACAAGACCACAUUCCGCAAAACUGUCUCGGAAGCCAUGAGGACAGACAACCCUGAAGGAGGCGAAGAGAAUUUUGAAGAGGCUGUAGCUGCUGUGAUGAAACAUGUCGUAAAGCCCUCCCUUCCCAGUUCUCUUCGACAAGUCUUUGACUAUGUGCACCAAGAUCCUGAGGAGAUUACAUCAGGCUUCUGGGUCAUCACAGAGGCUGUGAAACGAUUCUAUGACCAACAUGGCCGCUUACCUGUCCCUGGGGGACUGCCUGACAUGAAGGCCCAAUCCAACGUGUACAUCAAAUUACAGAAUAUUUACAAAGAACGGGCUCGCCAGGAUGUUAGUCAAGUUCUGGGAAUCGCUCGAAGUCUUCCUGGCGGUCAGGACGUGGAUCCCGAGCAGGUUGAACUCUUCUGCAAGAAUGCUUCUUUUAUCAAGCUCAUUAAUGCCCCUGGAGACAAGGCUACCAGUCUCGAUAAGCUUGUCGAACAAGAGCUAGCAAACGACGAGAUAUCAGCCUUUGCUGGGCCCGAGAUGCCUCUAUCCCUGGUCCCACUGUAUCUCGCCCUGUUGGCAACAUCAAAUGCCAAGACUGCUUCUGCAGAUGAGAUUAUGGGUUUCAUUGGCAAGGCUGCACCAAAAGCCACGGGGAACGAACGAUACAAGAAGACUGCCCAAGAGGUUGAGCGCGCGGCCGGUGGCGAGCUUCACAACAUAUCAGCCCUUACUGGCGGCAUGGUCGCUCAAGAGAUGAUCAAGAUCAUUACCAAGCAAUAUGUGCCCAUCGACAACACUUGUAUCUUCGACGGUAUCGACAGUCGUUGUCAGGUACUCCGCCUGUAA